AUGACGAGUUAUCUUGAAGGCCCGGCCAACUUUGUUGCCUACCUCCAGAGGGACGUCUCUCGCAUCGGCCACCUGGAUCUGGCCAGGCAGACCAUCCAACCUCUCAGCUUCGACUCUGGAACUCCCGUGGAGAACCUCUACCAGGUCAUCGAGGCAUCCGCUGCUCAAUAUGUUGCCGCCGGGUCAGUCGUGUCGGUGAGCGAUGUCAAACUCCUGCCCCCGAUAUCGGGUCGGGAUGUCCUCGCCGUUGGCAAGAAUUACAUGGAACAUGCCAAAGAAUUCAACAGCUCCGGCUACGACAGCUCCGACAAAGUCGAUCGGCCCAGCCACCCUGUCAUUUUCACGAAGCGUGCGACCUCCAUCAUUGCCCACGGCGACGAGAUUCAUCUGCAUCAAGGUUUCACCGAGAGCGCCGACUAUGAGGGAGAGAUUGGCGUUAUCAUCGGGAAAGCCGGCUACCGGAUCAGCGAAGAAGAUGCCUGGGACUUCGUCUGGGGUUACACCAUUAUCAACGACUUGACAGCCAGAGAAAGGCAGCGCGACCACAAACAGUUCUACAUUGGCAAAUCCCCAGACACCUUCUGCCCAAUGGGUCCAAUUGCGGUCGCGAAGGAGAAUCUACCUGACCAGGGGAGGUCUCUGCGUCUUCAGACACAUGUGAAUGGACAGCUGCGCCAAGAUGCUACUCUGAACGAUCUAAUAUUCUCCAUCCCUCGGCUCAUCGCCACGCUUUCUGCGGGCCAGACAUUGCAGCCUGGCGAUGUGCUCGCUACCGGAACGCCCGCUGGCGUUGGGCUUGGUCUCAGCCCGCCGACCUAUCUCAAAUCUGGUGAUGAGAUUGCGAUUUCCGUCACGGGGCUGGGAACCUUGAAGAACACUGUUGCUGAAUCCUCGAAGGAGAACCUGACGAUGGUACGGAUUCGGAAAGAGGCCCGAAGCACGGCAUUUAGACUGAACAACGGGGAGAAGUCAUCUCAAGGCCGAGUGGGCUUGACCCCAAAACUGAAUGGUUUGAGCGGGAUCAGCUAUCAGCGCCUUGGAUCAGGAGACGAGAAGUUUGUCUUCAUCCACGGUCUGGGGGGAACCAAAGACUAUUGGACUCCUCUGAUAUCAACGUUGUCUCUCCCGAACAGGGCCUCUGUGCAUCUUUACGAUUUCGAAGGCCACGGGCUGACGCCGACAUCUCCUACGCAGAAACUGACCAUCAGCCACUUGGCUUCUGAGCUCAAAAGCGUCUUCGACCGGGCCGAUACUUCACCGCAGUCUCCUGCGACUGUGGUAGCACAUUCUGUAGGGUGUCUCAUCGCCAUUCAUUUCGCCUUGGAGUACCCGGACCUCGUCAAGAAGUUGGUACUCUUCGGACCACCACCGUCCUCGCUCCCAAAUCCCACGCCGGAUGUUUGGUUUAGUAUCGCUGAGCAGGCAAGAAGCCACGGUAUGAGCGGGAUCGUGGAUGGGAUCGUUUCAACUCAAGUAUCGGACUACACGAAGAUGAACAAUCCUUUGGCCGUGGCUGCAGUCCGCCUCAGUCUGCUCGGGCAAGACCCAGAGGCGUAUGCAAAGGCAUGCUCGGCCCUUGCUUUGGGAGACUCUGCCGACUUUAGCCAACUGAACAUCGAGACACUCUUAGUCACCGGACGAUAUGAUCCGGUGUCGUCACCUUCGGUCGUUGAGGACUACGCGAAGAGAAACGCUCACUCGCGAUUAGUUGUCCUUCCCAAUGUAGGCCAUUGGCACGUCUUCGAGGACGUAGUUGGUGUCGGCCAGAGCCUUCAAAACUUUUUGUAA